UCUUUCGAUUGAUUAUAUUUUACCUGGAGGUGAAUGCAUUGUGAACUAUACUAAAACGAAAGUAGAUUGGCAUUUAUUUAUUUACAGCGGAUAAACAGGUACGGAAGACUUAAACCCGCUUUUAAAAGUAAAAGGAAUAAACACAAUAAAACUAUGGCUACCGGUGGAUUUGAUGAUACACUUCUGGAAUGUGGUAGUGACGUCGUUGGUGGAAAGAUCGGGAGCAAGUGUGAACCUUGUCGUCGUCGGGCCAGGUCAGAGGUGGCUUCGUUGUUCUGUAAUACAUGCAAUGUAUAUCUAUGCGAUGACUGUUGUGGUGUACACAAGGUGCAUAUGACAAACGUAGAUAAACAUGAUAUCGUGGCUGCCCAUGAAGCCUGUGUCAAGCCAGAUGUCAAUAUGAAGGGAUUGGAUCAGUGUUUAGAACAUAAACGAGUGUUCAUGUUUCACUGUGAAGACCACGAAGAAUUGUGUUGUGAAAUAUGUGCCUUUUCUCGUCAUCGUAGAUGCGAUAAUAUCCACGAGAUAGCAAAGGUGGCUAAGAACGUGAAAUAUAUUGAAAGGGAAAAGAUACUUGCAUCCAUUAAUUCUGCCUCAGAAGUUAUAAUGAAAUGCGAGGAGGAUCAAUUGAACAACGUUUCGCGAGUGGAAGAAAUCGUAAAAGAAAUUGAUAUUUACAAGGAAGACAUAUUAACGAAAAUUGAGGAAGCCAAGGCGCGAAUUGUCAGCGAAAUGACUAACCAUAACACACAGGAAGACGAACGUCUCAAUACGAGGAGAAAUGCGGCUAAAAAACUGAAGAAAGAACUCGACACGCACUUGGCAAUGUCUGAUAGCGUUCGCGAGAAAGGCUCGGAAACGGAAAUAUUCAUUCUAAACCACAUUCUCAAAAGGACGCAAGAAAAGGCAUCACAAACACUGAACACUUUAUUGAAGAAUGAUUUCACCGUCAAAGUGGGACUAAGAAUCAACGAAAACAUUUUAAAAAUUAAAACUACUGAUGUCGCAUUAUUCUCAUUAAAUAAAACACAAGAGCCAAAAACACAAGAACCAAAAACUCAAAGGCCGGUGAGUCUGGAGUUGUUGAAAACCAUGGAGCUCGUGAAGACAGCAGACGACCAGGAGGAACCGUUUGUUACUGGGCUGGACUUCCUGCCGGACGGGAGGAUAGUCGCCGUGGAUCAGUACAACUGUAAAUGUUUUAUUUUGAGUGACACAUUGAAGAGUUUCGACACAUUUUAUAAAUUUCAGACAUAUCCUAGGGACGUAACAUCGUACUCUGAUAACAAUAUUGCAGUAACCGUUAGUUCCGGAGAUAUCCGAACCAUCUGCCUUCUGACAGUGGGUAGUGACAACACGUUCACGCUGAUGAAGACGCUGACCACGUCCACCAAAUACUUCUCCAUCUGUCCCCUGAACCACCGCACGUUCGUAGUGGAAACUAAUAACGACCCGCGACCUGCCAGGAUGGUCGACGUAGACGGCAAGGAGAGCGACUUUGACAACGUGAAGUUUCCUGGAAAGACGUAUAAGUUUGAAGAAAGUAAAUGUACAUACAUACAAUCACGGGGUACUCUGGUCCUUACAGACAGACAUGCUCACACAGUUCACAUGUAUAACACCGUAUCCGGCACGAGCAACGAGGUUAAAGGUGACCGGAUACGGGCACCAAAAAGAGCAUGUGUUGGCCCAGAUGACUCCGUGUUUGUGUGCAGUCAGAACACAAACUCCAUCAUCCAGAUAUCGCCCGACGGGGACAUAUUGGCGUCAUGUGACGUCGACAUGAAGUAUCCGUACGCCGUUGCCGUCUCCAGGGAUGGCUCGAGAAUGGCCGUGACCAACAAUGUGAGUGACGUGAGACAACUGAAACUGUUCAAAAUAAUACAAUAAAAGUGUUUUGUCAAGCUCAGUAAUAAAUUUCAGUGUAAGGUACAGUUCAUCAUCAUAAUAAAUAUAACUUUCUAUUUGAACAUUAUAUGUGAAUAGUUAGUAAAUAAGAGUCUUGUAGUUAUACGAUGUAUUUUUAAAUAACAACCAUUAUUUGUCUUGUAUUGAUAUGUUUAUAAGGUGAAUAUGUUUCUCCUAAGUAUAAUUUACUUAAAAAUGAUGAAACUCCCCUUGGACAGAAAAUCAUACUUAGGUACGAACACAAUUCCUAAGAUUCUUUAUGAAGCGCAUUCCAUAAUAUUGUAUUUACUGAGGCGUAAAAGAAACAUUAACAAAAAGAAACAUGUCCUCAAUAGAAAUAAAUAUCUUUAAACUGUGAGGUAUUAUUGUAUUGCAUGUGUAAGUAUACUACUAGUUUUAAAGUGCGAGUCGUUCAGGAUGCCGAUGUUGCUAAUAAUGUUAAUAAUAAUAAUGUGAUGUUGAAGAACAUCUUUUAUAUUAUUCAUUUAACAAUUUUGCACAGCACAGUUCCUGAUUUUACUUCUGAAUUCGACUCCUAUAAAUUUCCCCCCCAGUAAAGUUUUUCAUGCUUCACGAUUUUAUUUUUUCUCGGUUUGUAUUGAAAAGACUGUUUGCUUUGAUUAGUAUUAAAAUAUUGAAAUAAAAAUAUGCAAAUAUUA